AUGCUUGGCGAUGGGGAAAUGUACAAUGACGCUGGAUGGCCAUUUCCCUUCAUAUCCCACCUCCACGGUCAGAAUAGCAUCCUCCUUCGAAGGAAGCCAAUACACGUCCAGCAACUAGCGAUCAUGACACGCUUCCUUGACCUCCCUGAAGAGCUAAUCCUUGGAGUCAUUACUUUCAUACCACUAGAAGACCUGGAGAACUUCGCACAGACUUGCCCGCGAAUUCACUCUGUGGCAGGCUCGGCCCUGGAGAAGCACUGGCUACUCAUCCGCCAUUAUUCUACCUUGGAAAAUGAGGGGGCCGUACGAUCUCGAAGAUACUCAAAGAGGUACUCGUCAAUCCUGAGAUGGGCCGGUACAUCAGGAACGUCAGCCUUGGCUACGCAGGAGGCAACCAGAGGAACUUCAACCCCAAAUACGGUGCAGAAGACCUUGAGCUUUUUGUCGUAG